CCCACAAAAACAAAGCCACAGAGCUUGGGCCCACAGCCUGAGCAUCGCAGAGGUGUGAGCCCCGCGGCCCAAAAACAAAGCCACAGAGCAAAGCCCAGCACAACAAAAUGGGAGGCGAUGGCGGCUGCAUCGCCACGCAGCGCGAGUUCAUGCGCGGCACCUACGGCUCCGCCCAUUCGAAGGGCGGCUGGGCGCAAGGGCAGAACCACGGCUCGGGCACGACCGGUGGGGAUGCGGAGAGCGGCGACUUUACAAACAGAAGGCGCGCCAUCCGCGUGCGGUCCUGCGCCCUGUCGGGGGACGCCUUGAAAGCACCGGUGGUCAGCGACGCGUUCGGCCAGCUCUUCAACAAAUUGGACGUGUUGGAGCAGCUCUCUUCCAAAAGUUUGCCGGAGGCGUUUUCGCACAUUCGCGGCUUACGGGAUCUCAUCGACGUGAAAUCAACACCACCAAAGGGCGAGAAGGACUACGUCCACGGCGACGGCGCGCCGUUUUGUCAGUGCCCGUUGACGGGCGCUUCAUUUGAUGGCUCCGAGCCCUUCCUCGUGGUACGGACGACGGGCUGGUUGAUAGCUCAAAAAGCAAUUUCAGAACUUGGCGAACAGGCGUUGCAGGACGAGUACGGCCCCUUUACAAAGAGCGAUUUGGUGACAGCAGCACCAGAUCCCGACGACGUCCGGGAGGCUUCAAGAGCUCUGGCCGAGAAAAGAGCAGCUGCAAAAGCCAAGAAGAAGGCCGCGAAGCGCGCCAAGGCCGGUGUUGUGGCCGACGAGAAACCGGAAAAAAAGAAAAGGAAGGCGGCGCCGCCUGCAAUAGGUGCGGCCGCCGACAUCGCGCGCCAAGCGAAGGAGCGGACGCAGCAGGACCACGCCCAGAACCCCGAGUUGGGGGCCAUGUUCCACUCGGACGCGACGAACUCUAAACCGGACGCCGCCACAUUGUUUGCGGCGACGGCGCCGCGGCGGUACAACCUGAACUGA